UAGCUAGUAUAAGAUUAGCUCUUUUCAAAAAUUUUAUAAUUUCUUCGCUACUUUUAAAUAGACUUACCUAAAAAUAUAAUGAACCCUGAAGAAAGUUUUGGUGAAAUAGAAAUUAAUACAGAGGCUGAACAAGAAACGAUAGAGAAAACUGUUCUGCCUAGAUUAGUGCUUACUCGAGAACAGGAAAAUGAUUUGCGACGUGCAUUCAAUCUUCUGGAUUAUUCCGGGGAAGGAAAAAUAAAAUCAGCUGAUUUUCGUGUUGCCAUCAAAGCUUUAGGAUACGAACCCACGAAAGAAGAACUUCAACACAUGAUUAAUGCUGUAGACAAAGGUGACACGGGAAAGCUCAGUUUUGAGAACUUUCAAACUGCUAUCAUGAGAAAGGUCAUGUCCCAAGACAGUGAUGGGGAUAUUAUGAAAAGUUUUCGUCUGUUUGAUACAGACGAUACUGGUUUUAUAAGUUUUGAGAAUAUAAAACAUGUGACGCAUAUACUCGGAACGUAUUUAACAGAUGAAGAAAUCGAAGAAAUGAUAGACGAUGCUGAUAAAGACUUCGAUGGCUUCAUUUCAGUGGAAGAAUUUAUGAAAAUGAUUAAGAACAGUGUUCAUAUUGUGACUCCAUAGAUUUUGAUUUUAUUAUCAGUUUCCUAGACGGCUAUAAAUCUACUACAUUCAAUUCUUAUUUUAGUUAUGGCAAUUUCUAAAGCAUUGUGGGUCUUUUAUGAUGCAACUUUAUAUUGUUAAAAUAAUUACGUUGUUAAUUAAUAAUUUGUUUCCUGA